GGGAUAUCUAAAAUCAAAAAUCGCAUAGCAUUUUGGGUAGAGGUUUCCACGAGGUCGCUUUUACUUACAGUGCACUUAGUUCAGUCUGGCGUGACUGUUCACAAUGGAGAAGCAAGCGCAAGAUACUCAAGAUGGUACGACUCCAGAAAAGGAUGAUAAUGCCCCAGAAAGAAGCGAAAGAUGGGCUAGAAAAGCAGAAUUCAUAUUUGCUUGUGUAGGCUUUGUAAUUGGAUAUGGCAAUAUUUGGAGGUUUCCAUACAUGUGUUUCAAGAAUGGAGGAGGUGCUUUCCUGUUUCCCUACAUUAUUUUCUUGAUUCUUGCUGGUGUACCAUUGUUUCUGUUAGAACAAAGUGUCGGUCAAUAUACACAAGGAGGUCCUAUUAAUGCUUGGCGCAAAAUGUGCCCUCUUUUCUCAGGGAUUGGAUAUGCAAUGAUUGCUGUCUCUUUUCUUGUUUCCAUCUACUACAACGUCAUUAUGACGUGGUCCUUGUACUAUUUUUACUAYUCGUUCUACUCUCUACUGCCUUGGGUUGGAUGUAGUCACGACUGGAACACUGAAAGCUGCCUUGUUCACAAUUCCUCAAACCCCAACGCUACGGGKGUAUCGUCGAGCAGAGAAUUUUUCACGAAUCACGUUUUGAAAAUCACUCAGGGCAUYGAYCAACCAGGCCCAAUGAAUACACCCGUCACACURUGUUUGCUGGCGGCCUGGGUCAUAGUCUACUUCUGUAUUUUCAAAGGUGUAAGGACAACUGGAAAGGUCGUCUACGUUACAGCCACUGCGCCAUUCAUCGUACUUAUCAUAUUCUUUUUUCGUGGCGUAACUCUACCUGGAGCCAAGGAUGGGAUCGUCUUUUAUUUGAUACCUUCGUUCACCAGACUUGGUGAUCCAAAGGUAUGGAUUGAUGCCUCUACACAAAUUCUUUAUUCGCUGGCGCUAGGGCUUGGUGUUCAUUUGACAUUUGCCAGUUACAAUAGCAGGAAGAACAACAUUUUAAGGGAUGCAAUGAUCAUCUCUAUUACAAACUGCUGUACAAGUAUAUUCGCUGGUCUUGUGAUAUUCUCAGUUAUUGGGUUUAUGGCUCACGAGYUGAAUAAAAGUGUCGAAGAAGUCGCUUCACAAGGGCCUGGUUUGGCGUUUAUUGUUUACCCAGCAGCCAUUGCACAGAUGCCGCUGCCGCAACUCUGGGCUGUGUUGUUUUUCUUCAUGCUUAUUAUGCUCGGCUUGGAUAGUCAGUUUGGUCAGGUAGAAAUCGUAGCUUCUGUAAUUAUAGAGCAUUUCCCGGACAAGCUGAGUCGUUUUCGAGAACUGGUCGUCUUAGCUGUUUGUGUUGUCUUGUUCCUUCUGGGUCUUUCAUGUGUCACACACGGUGGCAUUUAUGUGUUCAACCUCUUCGACUCGAUGUCCGCCGGGCUCUCGUUACUUUUCAUUGUGAUGGCAGAGAUAAUAGCUGUGGCCUGGAUCUUUGGUGCGGAAAGGUUCGCUGGUGAAAUUUCUACGAUGACAUGCCGACCAGUUUGGCGUUGGUGGGUGUGGUGUUGGAAGUAUAUUUCUCCUGUAYUAGUAAUGGGAAUUUUUCUCUUUAGCCUCGUUAAGUACAAKARAGUAAAAUACGAAGAAUAUGUGUAUCCUGCCUGGGCGGAAGCCAUUGGGUGGAUGAUUGCACUGGCAUCKAUGCUGUGGAUCCCUGGUGUGGCGCUAGCUAAAAUUAUCAAAUUAUACUUCACAAAUGGUCAACUAACUAGAAGGGACAUGCACAGUUUUCUGUACGUCAAGAGCUUGAUAUCAGACUCCUAUUUAAAYGAUAAAUGUGGUAAUGCUGAUGCUAAUGAAGUGAUGCUUUCGUAGGGCGUGGCUUCCGAGUGGUACGAAUAGUUGUARUGUAUUCUAGAAUUUUUACAUUAUUAUAAUCAUACAUGGUCAAGAACCUACCGAGUAAUUAUGAAUGUGAUAUGUAAACUUUCAUUAUAUAACAUAGUGUGAUAUUUCUAUUUUUGCCGAUACUCUACUUAUUCAAUGGGCGGAUCCAGGGGGGGUAUUAGAAAGGGCCGUGAUCCCCCUUCUUUUGGGAAAGUCCGGCUUAAAUAUGUAUACAAAGACAUAUUCAUGUGAACUACAUAAUUCAGACAGACAGACAGAAAAACAAAAUUUAGAGAUGUGCUUUUAAAAUUUCUGGAUCCGCCCUUAGUAUUAUACUGUCAGCUUAUGUACCUUGUUUACAAAUUAGUUACUAUAUCAUGUAGGACUUUUAAAUUAAUUUGUCUUAAGCGAGUCUAAACCUAAUUUACUUAUUAUGCCGUUAUUUGAUCAUGUAUAGUUACAAGUGA